GGGGCCAGCGGCGGGGCCGCGCCCCCGGAAGCGGAAGCGGCGGCGGCGGGGACGCGCGGAGGAUGUCGGAGGCGUCGCAGGAGGCGCCGCGGGCGCCGCGCCGCGGCCCGGCCCCCCGCCCGCCCGCCGGGCCCCCCGGCUCCGCCGCCGGCGCCGACGUCUUCGUGAACAUGCGCACGGACUUCCGGGCGCAGCUGCGGCGCUGCCAGCGCCUGCUCGCGCCCGGCGCCCGCCCCGAGAUCCGCCUGCACGGCCUGGGCCUGGCCGUCACGCGCGCCAUCAACCUGGCGCUGCAGCUGCAGGCCGCCGCGCCCGGCGCCCUCCGCCUCCACGCCAGCACCUCCACCGUGGCCCUGCCCGGCCCCGGCGCCGGCCCCGGCGCCCUCGCCCGCGCCCGCCACAACUCCGCCAUCCACAUCCGCGUCUGCCGACACGGCCCCCGGCCCUGAGCGCCCGCCGCCCCGGGAGCGCCCCGGGGACGGUCCGGGCCGUGCCGGCGCCGCCGCGAAGCUCCCGGAGGACGCGCUGAGCCGUGCCGGUGGUUCCCGCCGCCCCAGGAGCGCCCCGGGGACGGCCCGGGCCGUCGUUGAGCCUCCAGGAAGCUCCCGGAGGACGCGCUGAGCCGUGCCGGUGGUUCCCGCCGCCCCGGGAGCGCCCCGGGGACGGCCCGGGCCGUCGUUGAGCCUCCAGGAAGCUCCCGGAGGACGCGCUGAGCCGUUCCGGUGGUUCCCGUCGCUCCGGGAGCGCCCCGGGGACGGCCCGGGCCGUCGUUGAGCCUCCAGGAAGCUCCCGGAGGACGCGCUGAGCCGUUCCGGUGGUUCCCGUCGCUCCGGGAGCGCCCCGGGGACGGCCCGGGCCGUCGUUGAGCCUCCAGGAAGCUCCCGGAGGACGCGCUGAGCCGUGCCGGUGGUUCCCGUCGCUCCGGGAGCGCCCCGGGGACGGCCCGGGCCGUCAUUGAGCCUCCAGGAAGCUCCCUGAGGACACGUUGAGCCGUUCCGCUGGUUCCCGUCGCUCCGGGAGCGCCCCGGGGACGGCCCGGGCCGUCGUUGAGCCUCCAGG